AUGGACCCUGUCUCUGCGGCCGGACUCGCCGUUGGCGUGGCGUCAAUCGGCCUCCAAGUAUACACAGGGUGCAUCCAGGGGAUCCAACUCCUCAUCACAGCCGUUGGAUUCCCCGAGGAGUGCAAGUAUCUCAACUUGCGGUUGCGCAUGGAGCAGCAGAGGCUGUUCGCAUGGAGCGAGACGUCGGGACUCCUUGAUCUUGACGCCAAGAACAGCCAAAAGAUCCUCGAAUCCAACACGUUUGUCCUGCAUCGCCAGACCGUCCUGGAUCUGCUGGUGCAGGUUGAGUGUCUGUUUAAAGAGUUCAAGGAGCACCAGAAGCGUCACAAGCGUCUCCAGACAGCCCCUGACCCAGACCACAUCCUCCAAAGGCCAGAAAAGGAUGCUGCCGAUGCCAACUUCCCCUUACCGCAACGGCGGAGGGACUUCAUCAAGAAGGCCAUGAACAAGUUGGGCGAGACAUCCCAGGAAGCCGUCGAGCGCCUGAAAUGGGUCUCGUUUGACAAGGCCGCCUUUGAAGUUUUGCUUUCGAGGUUCUCAACCCUCAACGAUAGCAUGACAAAUAUCCUGGACGCGCGGAUGCAGGUUGAGAUUCAUCACACUGUGCAGGACACAAACCGCGGUGUACUCCAGCUACAUCACAAGAUAACCGACCUGUCCCGGCUCGUCAUGGCCCUGAACAUCAAGCUCGAGGCUGCUUCUCCCCUACCGGCUUCGCAAAUGUCAAUGGCGCAAAAACGCGCCAAUGCCGACAGCCUUCAGCUUUUGUCGCAGCUCGCCAAGUUCAAGGCCUUCAACGAGUCGAUCGAAUCCAACAAGAAGACGCCCUGGGACGAGGCCACUUCAAUGUGCUUGGAGCUGGGCAAGCCCAGUGAUCAGAGGCAUCUUGUCCUUGACCGGUCCUUGGUCGAGCUUGACCAGGCCGCUGAAGAAUCGGACCUGCCCAGAUGUGAAGCUACGCUGCGUCUUCCAGAUGGCGCGAAGAAGAAGGUUUGGGUGGAGUGGAAAGAGUAUGAGCGUCAGAGACCCGGAGAUCUGUCACCACCCAAAGAUGUCAUCGUCGAGAGAGUGCGAAGACUAGCGGCCCUCUUGAAUCACAAGCCGAAACCCGAGGCGUUUAGGACGCCGCAUUGUCUUGGCUUCUUCGACAAGGCGAGUUCGGAUGGGAUAGAAGACGAAGACCAGGACAUUCUGAAUAUGCGCCUUGGACUGGUCUUUGAGAGGCCGGUCGAUGAUGGCCUGCACACGAGUCUGCCACCGACCUCACUCCGGAACUUGUUGGAAGACUCCCGCAAGCCGCGCCUUACGGACAGGGUCAAGCUCGCGCAUGCCAUCAGCAAUUGUCUCUUGUAUUUACAUGCCGUCAACUGGCUGCACAAGGGGCUACGGAGCCACAACAUCAUAUUCUUCCGGACGCGGAGUGGGCACGUCGAUUACGCGAAGCCGUAUCUGUCCGGCUUUGACUUUUCUAGGCCUGCUCGGGCCGAUGAACUGACUGACAUCCCUGACGAUGUCGAGUACAACCUCUAUAGGCACCCGCAUGCGCAGUCGACCAACCCCAGCGAACGCGAACGAUUCAAGAAGAGCUUCGACAUCUACAGCCUCGGCGUGCUCUUCGUCGAGAUCGCGCACUGGGCGACGGUUGAGAAGGUUCUCAAUAUCGACAUGAGCGCGGCCAGGGGACGACCAUCCAUUGCACUGAAAGUUCGCCAGAGCCUGCUCGCCGAGGAGCAGAUUGCAGAACUCGGGGCCUGUAUGGGUGCCGUGUACGAGGCUGCCGCGCGAAAGUGUAUAGCAGGAGGGAAGGAAUUGGGUCUGCUAGAGGGCGAUGACGAGACGGAUGACCAAGUCGCGGCGCGACUUUCCAUGGUGCUCCACGAGGACGUGGUCAAGCCGCUGGGGGAAAUCCGGAUUUGA